GGAUAUAAAACGCGAUUAAACCGUGGAGGCGGAGCUCAGUACGUUUUGACUUUUCGCCCUGGUCAAAUUGAGAAGAAAGCCUGACGGAAUUUGACGCCCUGAGUCAGGACUGGGGAACUUCGCCAUCCUAAGUUCAAACCAAAACGGUGAAGGAUUAUUAUUGCUGGACGCGAUUAUUCUAAAAACAAGUGGCGCCAUGAUCCUGAAUAUUCUCUUGGUGCAAGCAUGCCUCCUACUCUGUGUAGUAGUGGGUGAGGAACCGAAAGAUCAUGCUCUCUUCUAUAGAAGGACAUCGCAGAAAAAAGUUCGAGAAUCGAAGAAGGUUGAUGCGAAUGACUCUAGGACUGUUGAGGACAUUCUCAGUUGGCUUCAAUCGAGGUACAAAGAAGUCAACAGAAAAGUGAGGAACGAGGAUCCGUCUAGGGCUUACCUUCCUGCCGACCUCGGCAGCUCGACUCAGGAGCCGAGACCGUUUCAGACGCCCAAGACCGUUUUACAGAUCCAGAGCACAUUCCAGCCUCCGUUCCAGAGCCAAGAAAAAGAGCAGAAAGUAUACCAGCAAACCACGAAUGGAUACCAGGCAGGUGUAUCGAAAGAAAGUGUGAGCGAGGGUUACUCAAUGCAACAAAAUCAAAACGGGUUUACCACCCAACGACAAUUCCAGUUCAGUCAGUCACAACAGAGGAACGAUCAAAACGGCUUUACCCCUCAAUACCAACAAAAUACAAAUGACUACACUACGCAUAAUCAAAACGGAUAUCAGACCCAGCAACAGAAUCAACAAGGUUUUCAGACAGGUCUGAAUCAAAAUUCACAGUCGAAUCAAAACGGCUUCGAGACGCAACAGCAACUUCAGCCCAAGCAAGGAGACAGUGUUCAACAAUCGGGACUUCACCCUCCCCACAUCCACGCCCUAAACGUCGAUUGUUCCAAAGAUAAGAUGACUGUGGACUUAGAAUUUAACGAGCCUUAUAACGGAAUAGUUUAUUCAAAGGGUCAUCACAACGCGCCAGAAUGCAGGCACGUUCAACCGAAUUCCGGCCUGACUAAAUACACUUUUACUCUCUACCUCGACACAUGCGGCACGCAGUUCAUCGACGGGUUUUCCAAAGGAGAAAGCGCGUAUCUGGAAAACACGCUCGUCAUACAAAACGAGCCCGGCAUCCUUGAAGUAUGGGAUUCGGUUAGGAGCGUCCGCUGCCUUUGGGAAGGGAGCAUCGACCAGUCGCUUCGUACUGGACUCAUGAUCAACUCGCUCAACCAAGAGCUGGUAACGUUCAGCGGUGACACGGGCAAAGCCAGGCUGGAGAUCCAAGCCGGCCGGGGACCUUACGCCACGGGGGCAUCGGAACUCGUGCAGAUAGGCGAUUUGAUGACCCUCCUAGUCACAGUCGAUGGGGACGAGGCGUUCCAGCUGAGAGUCGGCGAAUGCCGAGGGACAGACGGGGUGAAUUCUGUAGAGCUUACAGACUCCAGAGGAUGCCCACUCAAAGAAAAGCUCAUGGCCGGUUUCCAGUAUUCUAGACACCAGCAGACUGGAGCAGCCUUAGCUUAUGCUUAUUUUAGGGCGUUUAAAUUCCCAGACGUGAUGGACCUGACGAUGGAGUGCAACGUGCAAUUGUGCAAGACUGACUGCAGGCCACCUUGCGACGAUCCUAACCAGAAAUUCGAACCGACUCGUAGAAGGAGAUCUGUGAACGACACGGAAGGUAUGCUUCUUGCCAGGACGAUCCGGGUCUUCCUUCCCGAGGACAUUCCUCAAUCACUGCCGUCCCAGGACAGGGGCGAGCUAUGUUUGACGAAGAAGGCAUUCUUCGGAAGCACAAUCGCCCUGUCCGUCCUAGCUUUGUUAUCCGGCGUAGCAGCGGCUUACUACUGGGCGAAGAAUCAAAGGAAGAGUCCUCAAUGUUGACGAACCAAUUAAUUCCUCUUGUACAUAA